UGUUCUCUGUAACUUGUACCAUGACUGGUGCAGAGAUUGAGCCUAGUGCCCAGGCCAAGCCUGAAAAGAAGGAUGGGGAAGAGGCUGGGGCUGGGGCUGGGAUAGAGAGUAAGGUCCCUCUGGUGGUCAGACCCAAGGUUAGGACCCAGCCGCAGAUAAUGACUGGGGCAAGGCCGAAAACUAAGACCAAGAUUAUGCCUGGAGUAAAGCCGAAGACUGAGGCAAGUGCCGUGGGUAGGUCACGUCCUAAGAGUAAGGCCAAGGCAAUACCUGGGUCAAGAUUUAAGGAUGAACCCCAGGUGUAUGCUCAGACCAAUGCCUCUCCACUGGUCACUACUGAUUGUGAGUUGGUUGCUAAAACUAAGUGCCUGUCUGUGGAUAGAGAACUGGUUAGUAUGGACACUGGGAACUUUCAGGGAAGGAAAGCUGACUCCCAAGCUGGAUUCCAGCCUUCUCUUAUGUCAGAGGAUGAGACCUAUAUGGGGUCCUGGCACUCUACUAGGCCUACAUCCAAACAAGAGGCCUCUUACAAUUCUAAUUUCAGAUGGGUUGAUAAAUCCUCUGUGAGUUCCUGGUUCUGGAGUGGAGAUGAGGUCACUACAAGAUGUCAUCCUAGGAACCAAACAAAGGCCAGUACUAGGUCCAGGCACAUGGCCAAACAAGAGGCUAAUACCAUGUCUAGGCCUAAAACAAAUCAGGAGCUCUAUAUUGUGUCUAGUUCUGGUUCUGAAGAUGAGUCUGUGAAGUCAUCCUGGUUCUGGUCCAGAGAAAAGACCAAUACCUCGUCUGGGCCCAGGGGAGAGGACAGUAGCAGGUCCAGGUUUAGGUUCAAGAAAGAAGUCUAUGUUGAAUCGAGUUCUGGAUCUGAGAAUGAAGGCCAUAUGAAGUCCUGGUUCUGGGCUGGAGAGGAGGCCAAAUUCAGAUCCAAACGCAGAGCCAGGAAAGAGGCCAAUACCAGGGCCAGGCGCAGGGCCAAGCGAGAAGCUUGCAGUGAUUUCAUGUCUGGGUCUAUAGAUGUAAUCAAAAAAGAAUCUUGCUUCUGGCCUGAAGAGAAGAUUAAUACCUUUUCAAGGCCCAAGACCAAGAAAGAGGCCAGGGCCAGAGCAAUAGCAAAGGCAGAGGCCAAAACCAAGGCUAGAGCCAGGGCCAAGCAAGAAGCCAGGUCAGAGGAGGAGGUCCUCAUUGGGACCUGGUUCUGGGCUACAGAAGAGCCCAGCAUGGUGGAUGGGGCCAGUGUCAAGUCCAGUCCACAAGUGGAGGAUGAGUCCAUUUUUGGGAGUUGGUUCUGGACUGAAGAAGAGGCCAGUGUGGGGGCUGGGGCCAGCAGUAAAUCCAGACCGAUGGCUGAGCAAUCUAUUGGUGAUUCGUGGCAUGCAACUGGGGAAAAGACCAGUAUGAAAACUGGGACUGAGGCCAUCUCUGAAUCUAUACUAGCAGCUGAUGAUGAAGAGGUCAUUAUUGGUUCCUGGUUCUGGGCUGGUGAAGAAGUCAGCCCAGAGGCUGAGGAAGAUACCAUUUUUGGGUCUUGGUUCUGGGUCACUGAUGAGACCAGUGUAGAAUCUGGUGUUGGGGUCAGCUGUGAGUCCAGGCCAAGUUCUGAGGAAGAAGAGGUCAUUGGUCCCUGGUUCUGGGCUGAAGAAGAAGUUGAUAUGGAGACUGAGGUUAGAGAACAGGCCAGUCCAGGAGCUGAAGAAGAGACAAUAUUUGGGUCCUGGUUUUGGGCUGAAAACCAAACCCACAUGGAUUCUGGGGCUGAACCUAGCUGUGACACCACUCCAGGGGCUGAGGAGGAGGAGCCCAUUAUUGGAUCUUGGUUCUGGGCCAGAGUAGAAGCUGAUGUCAACAGCAAGUCUAGCAUGGAGGAUGAAGAAGAGGCCAUUAUGCCAUCUUGGUUUGGGGCCAAAGAAGAGGUCAGUAUGAAGUAUGGGGCUGGUGCUCGAUGCAAAUUUAUGGCAGGGGCUGAGGAGACUGAAAAUAGGUCUUCCUUCUGGGCAGAAGAAGAACCCUGUAUGUAUCCUGCCAGUGGAGGAAGCUGGAAGUCUAGCCCAGAGGAGGAAGAGGACACCAUUGAUUCGUGGUUCUGGUCCACAAAAUACACAAGGCCAGAGACCAUUGUAGGGUCCCAGUUAUGGGUUGCAGAAGAGAGUAGUAUAGAUGGGACUGGAGAAGAGGCCAAGCUACCAGCUGAAGAGGAGACCAUGAUCAAUUCCUGGUUUUGGAAAGAAGAUGAAGCCAUUAUAGAGGCUACCAACAGAGAAGAGUCCAGGUCAGAAGCUGAGGAGGAGGACAUUAUUGGUUCUUGGUUCUGGGCUGGAGAAGAGGACAGGUUCGAGGCAGAACCUGAGGCUGGAGAAGAAGAUAGGCUAGCAGUUGAGGAGGAGGGUAUUGUUGGGACCUGGUUCUGGGCCAGGGAAGAGGCUGGAUUUUGCAGCAAAUCCAGUCCCAAAGCUGAAGAGGAAGAAGUCAUUGUCGGGCCCUGGUUCUGGGAAGAAGAGGCCAGUCUGGAGGCAGCAGCAGGGACCAACUUUGAGUUUAAGCCUGGGACUCAGGAGGAGGAAAUCACUGUUGGGUCCUGGUUCUGGGCUGAAGAAGCAGCCAGCAUAGAGGCUGGGUCUCAGGCAGUAGAAGAGACUGGGUCAGGUACUGAAGAGGAGACCAUUUUUGGAUCCUGUUUCUGGGCUGAAGCAGAGACAUGCUGUGUAUCUAAAUCAGAGAAUGAUGAAGAGAUGAUUGUUGAAUCCUGGUUCUGGUCUGAAGACAAGGCCAUUAAGGAAACUGAAUCUGUGGCCACCUAUGAGUCCAGGUCAGAAAAUGAGGAAGAGAUAGCUAUUGGGUAUUUGUUUGGAGCUGAAGAUGAGAUGAAUAACAGGACUGGCAAUGUUACCAACUGUGAGUCCAGGACAUCAGUUGAUGAGGAUGAGGCCAUAGUGGGGUCCUGGUUCUGGGCAGGAGAUGAGGCCCAUUUUGAAUCAAAUCCUAAACCGGUGUUCAGGGCCAUUUGCAUGUCAGAGUGUUCAGUUGAGCAGGAUCCUGAUCCUUCACGCAGGCCUCAGACUUGGGAGGAGGUCACUGUUCAGUUCAAGCCUGGUCCAUGGGGUAGGGUUGGCUUCCCAUACAUAAGCCCCUUUAAAUUUCCAAAAGAAGCAGCAUCUUUAUUCUGUGAGAUGUUUGGGGGAAAGCCCAAGGAUGUGAAACUUAGCCCAGAAGGGGAAGAGCAGGAAUCUUCACCUCAAACUGAUGAGCCUGACCCUGAGUUUCCAUUUCAGUACGAUCCUUCCUACCGGUCAGUCCGGGAAAUUCGAGAGCAUCUUAGGGACAAGGAGAGUGCAGAGCCUGAGAAUUGGUCCUGCAGCUGCAUACAAUGUGAGCUUAAAAUUGGUUCUGCAGAGUUCGAAGAACUCCUUUUAUUAAUGGAGAAAACUCGGGAUCCUUUUGUUCAUGAAAUAUCUAAAAUUGCAACGGGUAUGAGAAGUGCUUCUCAAUUUACCCGAGAUUUCAUUCGUGAUUCAGGUGUUGUCUCACUUAUUGAAACCUUGCUCAAUUAUCCGUCCUCCCGAGUUAGAACAAGGUUUUUGGAAAAUAUGAUUCGCAUGGCUCCACCUUAUCCAAAUCUAAAUAUGAUUCAGACAUACAUAUGUCAAGUGUGUGAGGAAACCCUUUCUUAUAGCUUGGAUUCCCCUGAGCAGCUUUCUGGAAUAACAAUGAUUAGUCAUUUCACUACUACUACUGACUAUCACACACUGGUUGCCAAUUAUAUGUCUGGGUUUCUCUCCUUAUUAGCUACAGGCAAUGCCAAAACAAGGUUUCAUGUUCUGAAAAUGCUACUGAAUUUGUCUCAAAAUCUUGUCAUGACAAAAGAACUACUCAGUGCUGAAACAAUGUCAGAAUUUAUGCGCCUCUUUAACAGGGAAGACACCCCUGACAAUAUUCAAGUCCUUCUUGCAAUAGUUGAGAAUAUUGGUAACAAUAUCAAAAAAGAAGAAGAGUUCGCUGAUGAUGAUUUCGAUCUUGAGCCACUUAUUUCUGCAUUCCAUGAAGUUGAGAAAUUUGCUAAGGAACUGCAAGGCAAAAUAAACAAGCAAAAUGACCCUGAAGCAGACCAAGAGAAUUAGUAUGAUUAAUUACUUGCCUCUGAUUGUCUUUAUGUUCCUUAGUUAUGAUCCUUGAGUAAUGCUUU